AUGAGUCUGAGUGAAAUGUUCACAAGCCUCAUCUUCAUUCUCUGCUCUGUGAUUGCACCUCUUCUCACAGACGAAGAAGCCCUGCUACCAGCCCCUCAGAAUAUCUCCAUCCUGUCCACCAACAUGAAGCACUUCCUGACCUGGAGUCCAGUGACGGUCCCUGGAGAAACUGUGAGAUACUCCGUUGAGUUUCAGGGGGAGUAUGAAAGAGAUUAUGCCAAUGAGAUCUGGAUACCCAUCAGCGAGUGUUCGCUCAUCAUUGUGACUCAGUGCAAUGUCACAGAGGACAUCUCUGCCACCGUGCCCUAUAACCUACGUGUGAGGGCAAACCUAGGUUCUCGGGGUUCAAAGUGGAGCACACUAAAAGUUCUCUUCAAUCGCAUAACGACUUUCCUCACCCCACCUGUGAUGGAAGUCUCUGCAGACGGGUAUCACUUACUGGUGAAGCUGGAAGACCUGGGGCCAGCCUUUCAAUUCCACAUAUUCUAUUGGAGGAAGGGCCAGGAAAGGGUGCACAAGAAGACUGUGAAGGAGAUCAGCUCUGUGGUGCAUCUGGACACCAUGGAGGCAGGAGCUGAGUACUGUGUGAAAGCCCAGACCUACGUAGAGGCCAUCAACAGGAGCAGCAACUUCAGCCAGACGCAGUGUGUUCGCGGACCAGAUGGUGGCAGAUCUAUAUGGAUGACGACUGCCUUGGUGUCCUUCGUGGGAUUUGUUGUAGGUGUCUUGGCCCUGCCUUUCCUUGCCUGGAAAAUGAGUCAAAUCUUCCAGUAUUCCUGCUGUCCAGUUGUUGUCCUACCAGACACCCUGAAAGUAACUGAGUCCCCUGCGAUGCUAAUACACUGCAGGAGUGAGGGGACUGAAUGUUGUGACGUGGCUGUGCAUGUGAUUCCCCCCGAAGAGAUCCUCCGACUGUGGAUUCAGGACGCACUUUAAAGCUGCCCAGAGAUAAUCAACCCUGUAGAAAACCAUCUAUGAACAGAUCUAGCAGAUUGUGCACUGGGAGCCUGCACACAGCUCCCACAGACUCAGGGUAUCUCAAAGGUAUCAUGUAAGGUAUCAUAUGUAAACUGGUGACACACUGGUCCCCACAAAAAUCAUUGAUGUAUGUGUGGGUUGAGUACAGAGAAUUAUAGAUGUAUGCUGGAAAUAUGUUCGUAAAAUGUGUUUGGGAGGCAGACCAUAAAACCAGACUGCCCUAGAUAAAGGAAUGUGUAUUUACCGGUCUGACCAGCUUGGUCAUAGGCAGAGGACAAUGGAAGAACAAAGCCAUCAAGUUAAAUAGGUGGGGGAGAAGACUGUUUAACAAUCACAACGGGGGACCAAAUCUACACCCCAGGAAGCCUUCCUGACUCUUGAGGCUGAGACAAUGGACUUUGAGUAAUAGAAGGGGAGCAAAAAGACAUUUUAAUGAUCCAUCACUGAGGAGACAAAGGGUAUAGCACCCUUGGAGUCUGUGAAAGUUGGAUCUCCCUAGUCUGAAAGGCUAGGAAUGCUGGUACCUACAUCAAGUUAAGAAGAAUUAAGAAUGUAACUUUUAAAGAUUAUGUUCUAGUCAUUAGAAAGCAUGUUUUAUUUUGUUUGUAACCAGACUUGUCCUGUCUGCCAGGGAGAGCAGCAGAACAUGCCGGGUGGGGGCAGGUGUAGUGGGAGGACAAAGU